GUGUUCAAUUUGGCGCCUUGCAUUUGACCAAUCGACAUCACUUACGAUUGCGCAUGAGUUAGAAUUUCCCUCCAUCUGUAUCGACAAUAUGGCUGUAAGCAUAAUUGACAUAACAUAGAGGUUAAUCCAAGGAAAAGAAGUCAUUGAAUUUUUACGCUCAACGUACCUUGAACGUUACGUACACUUGGCUGUAUCGAGUGCUCGAAUAUCUCCGAAUGUCUGAAAUAAUACCUAUAAGGAUAAAAUAAAAAGAACAUUCGAUAAGGGUCAACGAUUAUGAAGUAACCCCUCGAUCAUUUACCAUACACAAAUGUCAUUUUCGCGAAAUUAUAUUUUACUUUUCUACGGCAAAAAUGUCUAGCGAGUUUGAUCUAGUGAAUUAUAAUUAAAUAUGUUGCCCUCUUAGAAAGGUAUUCCUAUUUAUAUAUCGUAUGUUUAACACGGAGAAAUGGCGCAGAUACAAACUCCAAACGCCGAUGGCCUUCCAAAACAUUUUGUUAGCGCAAUGCGUACGCUCUUUGAUAUAAUGGAUGACCAGAACACUGGUUUCGUUAAAUUUUCCGACAUAGAAGGUCGAUGGCAGGACGAUGGUACUCAGGGCCUUCCUAAAGGAGUUUUGGAUAGUCUUAAAAAAGUCACUCCGCCCAACGGUUUCUUGUCCUUUGAAAGAUUCUGUGCAGGCUUGAAAAUCUGUUUAUUACAGAUUCAAACUGAAAGUGAUUUCAAAAAGCAUGACGGACAUCCAAACAGACCGCCAUCUGCUCCGAUUCUUAUUACGGAUAAUCAAAGCAAAGGACAUUGGACAUCUCCUAACACUGCCACCAUAAGACCAAAUAAUGCUAUAUCUCAGCAACGUACUUUGAGCAUGCCACAAUUACUUGCCAAUCGUAAAGAUAUCAAUACUCAACUAGAACUUAUAGAUGGAAGAAAUGGAGUAGAGGCUAAGCAUAAUAAAGCAUACGGUCCUCCAAAACCUCCACGAACAGGUGCUGCAUUAGAAGGUAGAGCACUUAGCGCAGACAGAAAUAUUGAUAAAUCAGAAAUUCGAACGGUGCUGCAAAAUUGGCAAAUGGGUUUGAUGAUGAACGACGAUAAAUGUCUGGACAAACGUCAAUUGCCCAUGUCGAAUUAUCGAUCCGAUGCUAGAAGUACGUUUUUAAGAUCGACAAGGGCUUUAGGAGAUGGUAAAGCAGUGGAUUUACAAAAUAACCAAUUAGGGUUACAGCCCAAAAAACCAUUGAAUCGACGUAGAGAACCAAGACGACAUACGUUGCAGAAUGGUAUUGACUACAAUAUGAUGAAAAGAAUGAAACAAAUAGAACAAGAAAAGGAUAUUCUGUUACAAGGUCUAGCAGCAGUUGACAAAGCUAGAGAAUGGUAUUUAAAACAAAUUUCAGCAACUCAAGAAAAAAUUAAACACUUAGGACGUAUGGGCUCGCACGUGGAGCAGUGGACGGAAGCACAGCAGGAACGUUUGGAGUUACAACGUGCAAGAGUUUUGGAAGUUAAUCGACAUCUUGCAGCAUUAAUAAGUAGCUGGGAACGUGGUGGAUUACCACUACAUAUGAACUUAGCUUUCUUGACCGCACCAACAUCAGCACAACUUCAACAAGAUGUAUUGUCAAGACUUAAACAACAAAAUCAUAAAUUAACAGAGGAAGUUAAUAAGAAGAGCCAGAGAAUAUCACUGCUUGAACAAGAAAAAGAUAAUUUAGUACGGGAAUUAUACAAUAGACAAGCAGGAAUGGUUCAAUCUCGUAGAGCAACUAUGAUCCACGAACAACACGACCAAACAUUCAUGUAAGAAUAUAAUUGAUCUGAUCGAUUCUCAAAGUAAAGUGAUAUACUUAAAUAAAUUAUUAUUAAAUUUAAAACCAAAUUAUAUAUUUUGAAUGCAGUAUCAGUCCACUUUAUAUCGAAUUCAUCUUGCACAACCAAUGUAAAAAAAAAACAAAGAAAAAAUACAAAAAUGAAAACAAAAAGAAACGCCAAACCAAUCUGUAAUACUAAACUAAAGUAUAGCUUAAUUGUGAAUCUAUAGAUCCAAAAUAUAUUAAAAAUUUUUUUGUUUUAAUAAAUUCGCCCAAAACGUUAAA